AUGGCGCACCUCAUACCCCGUCCCCGACCACCGCGGCUCCACGCCCCGUCUUCGCCGCCCCCACCGCCGCCGCCGCGUCUUCCAGCCGCGCUGCCGCUCCCCCUCCUCCCGGCGCCGGCGCUGGCCUCGUUCCUCCUCGAGGCCGCCUCCUCGUCGCCGUCCCUCCCCCACCUCCGCCACCUGCACGCGCUCCUCGUGCGCCUGCCCCUCCCGGUGACCUCCCUCCCCUUCCUCUUCUCUCGCCUCCUCCGCCGCCUCGCCGCCCUCCCACCGCCGCACGCGCCGCUGCCGUACGCGCUCAACGUCUUCUCCUCGGUCUCUCCCCCCGACCCCUUCCUCGCCGUGGCUCUCCUGCGCUUCGCGUUCCUCACGCAGCCUUUACUUAGUCCCUUCCGUCUCUUCUCCCACCUCCGCCGCGCUCAUGGCGCCGAGCUCCCGUUCCUCCCGUUCGCGUUCUCCACGCUCGCCAAAUCCGCCGCCGCCUCCCGCUCUCUCCCCGCUGCCGCUGCCGCCCACGCGGUCUCGGUCCUCAUCGGUGGGUUUGAUAGGCACCGGUUUGUUCAGAACUCGCUGAUCGGUGGUUAUGUUGCAUGUGAUGACGUGGGCGCUGCACGCAAGGUGUUUGAUGAAAUGGUGGUGAAGGAUGUCAUUACAUGGACUAGUAUCGUGGUCGCUUAUUCCAGGAGUGGGGAUAUGCGAUCAGCAGAGGAGGUGUUUGGGAGGUGCCCUGUGAAGGAUAUGGUGGCAUGGACAGCAAUGGUGACUGGUUAUGCACAGAAUGCCAUGCCAGUGAAGGCAUUGGAAGUGUUUGAUCAGAUGGCAGCACUAGGCAUGGUCGUUGAUGAGGUUUCAUUGACGGGUGCAAUCUCAGCUUGUGCUCAGCUUGGUGCGGUGAGACGUGCCGUUUGGGUUCAGGAGAUUGCAGAAAGGACUGGUUUUGGGAAUAACGUAGUUGUUGGGUCAGGGUUGGUGGAUAUGUAUGCCAAGUGUGGCCUCAUUGAUGAGGCACGCAAGGUUUUUGAUGGGAUGCAGGAAAAGAAUGUAUACACAUAUAGCUCAAUGAUAGCUGGUCUUGCAUCGCAUGGGAGGGCUAGCGAGGCGAUUGCUUUGUUCGAGGAGAUGGUCAAUAGGGCAAAUGUGGAACCAAACCAUGUUACCUUUAUUGGGGUACUGAUGGCUUGUAGCCAUGCAGGGAUGGUGGGAGAAGGUCGGUACUACUUUGCACAGAUGAAGGACAAAUACGGGAUUAUGCCAUCUGCUGAUCAUUAUGCCUGUAUGGUUGAUUUGCUUGGCCGGGCUGGAUUGGUGGAUGAAGCCCUUGAUCUUGUUAGGUCAAUGACUUUGAAGCCUCACGGUGGUGUGUGGGGAGCACUACUUGGAGCUUGCCGGAUUCACGGGAAGAGUGAAAUUGCUAAGGUUGUAGCUGAACAUCUUUUUAAACUUGAACCGGAGGGCAUAGGAAACUACGUAUUAUUAUCAAAUAUACUCGCGUCAGCUGGAAAAUGGGAUGAAGUGUCAAAAGUCAGGAAAUUGAUGCGAAAGCAAAGGCUGAAAAAGGACCCUGCGGUCAGCUUGUUUGAAGGCAGAGAUGGUUUGGUUCACCAGUUCUUUGCUGGUGAUAAUGCCCACCCGAGGACACAGGAAAUAAAGAAAACAUUGUUGGAGUUAGCGGCAAAGUUAAAACUUGAAGGUUAUGUGCCCAUUUUGAGUUCAAUUGUUUAUGAUGUGAAUGAUGAAGAGAAACAAAGGCUGUUAAUCGGUCAUAGUGAGAAGCUUGCUCUAUCGUUUGCUCUGCUUACGUUUGGAUCUGGAUGCACAAUCAGGAUCAUAAAGAAUCUAAGGAUCUGCGAUGAUUGCCAUUUGUUUAUGCGGUUGGUGUCAAGAGUUGAAUCUGUUGAGAUUAUAGUCAGGGACAAUGUGAGAUUCCAUCAUUUCAAAAAUGGAGAAUGCUCCUGUGGUGGAUUCUGGUGAAAGCAGAUCUUUUUAUCAAUA